AUGUCCGUCUACAUCACCCUCAAGAGCGGCGACCAGGUCAAAGUCAACGACCAUGUCUACUGCUCCCCGAGCUGGGCCGUGCGCGACGGCACGCCCUACUCCGUCGCGCGCAUCAUGGAGUUCCUCUCCCCCGAAGGCGCCCGCACUUCGGCCGACGCCACCGACAAGCGCGGCGCCACCGCCGCUCACAUCAUCAGCACCAACAAGACCAGCAAGACCAGCAACGCCCACGCUUCGAGCUCGACCCCCGCCACCGCCGCCGCCUCCCACCCGACCCCGACCACCGCUGCCUCCUCGUCCGCCUCCGCCCCCGCCGUCGCCCCCGCCGUCGCCGUCCCUGGCCACCCCGCCACCGCCACCGCCACCGCUGCGGCCGCCCCGCAAUACACGCGCGUGCGCCUCGCGUGGUACUAUCGCCCCUCGGACGUGAGCGACCGCCCCGUCGCGGACGCGCGCCUGCUGCUCGCCGCGAUCUACUCCGAGAUCUGCGACGUCGCGCAGCUGCGCGCCAAGUGCUUCGUCGUGCACCGCGACAAGAUCACGGACCUCGCCGGGUGGAAGCGCCGCCCGGACAGGUUCUACUUCAACCGGCUGUUCGACCCGUACAUCAAGAAGGAGUUCGAGGUCAUCCGCUCGGACGACGUGCGCAACCUGCCGUCGAAUAUCAGGGAGGUCCUCACCGCGCGCUACGAAUACGUCGUCGCCGAGAAAGAAAUCGUGCCCGACCUCACCGACACCGUCCGCGAAUGCAACACCUGCGACAAAUGGUGUCCGCCCCCCGAAUCCGUCCGCUGCGACCGCUGCAAAGGCUUCUUCCACAUGUCCUGCGUGCAGCCCCCGCUCAUCUCCAAGCCCACACGCGGCUACGGCUGGACCUGCGCGCCGUGCGCGCGCGCGCACGAGAAGGCCGUCGCGGGGCACGACGCCCGCCCGCCCGCGCCCGCGCCGAAGCCCAAGUCCCACGCGCCCCCCGCGCGCGGCCGCGGGCGCCCGCGCAAGGACCGCUCGCUCGCGGAGAAGGAAGAGAGCGUCGAGGUGAAGCACUUCAAGAUGUGGCCGUUCCGCUAUUUCGGGCUGUACACCGUCGCAGAAGACACGCUAGAUCCCGACGACCUCAUCUUCCCUCGCUCUGCGACGCGCAUGGGGCCCAAAUACCAAGCGACCAUCCCUGCCCUCGGAACCGCCUUCGACUCUGACCUGGAGGAGCGCGGCAGCGACGAAACGAUCGAGGUCCUGAGCGUCGUGCUGCAGAUGUCCGAGAGCGAAGGCGCGUGCGCGCGCACGACGGCAGUGGAGAACAGGAAGGCGCGGCUGACCGCGAAGCAGGACGUGCGGAGCAGCGUCGACUGGCUCACGGAGGUGACGCGGCGCUUCUCGCAGGCGUGGCUCGCCAAGCGCGACUUCGCGUCCGUGACGAUGUCGAACCCGUUCCGGCUCGAGAAGUGGAAGAAGACGGAGACGCGGUUCGCGGACCGCAGCUGGGACGAAGACGAGAAGGCCGCGUUUGAGGAAGCGAUUGCCACGUAUGGCGCUGAACUGCGCCCUGUCCGCGACGAGGUCGGUACGAGGACGAUCGAGGAGGUCGUGAGGUACUACGGCCACUGGAAGAGCGGUAAGCUCGGGGAGGAGAACCAGCGCCGGCGUCGCGCGCGCUUAGCCGGCGAGCCCGAUCCCGGCGCCGCGGAUGCGUUGGGCGGCGGCGCGGGCGCGGGUGUGGACUCGGACGACGAGGGCUCAAUCGUGAAGCAGCCGACGCGGGCGAACGGGAGCUGCGGCGCGUGCCGGACGCGCGAGUCCAAGGUGUGGUGGAAGGCGCCCAAGGGCCUGCCGACGAACGUGCUGUGCGACGCGUGCGGGCUCAGCUGGCGCAAGUACGCGGACCUGAACCACAUGCGGCCCGUGCGCGAGGAGAGCGUCGCGGGCAAGGCGAAGACGACGGAGAAGCGCGAGGGCACGCCGCUCGGCGGGCCGAGCGCCAAGCGGCCAAAGACGGCGGGCUCGGUGCGGUCGUCGCCGCAGCCGCCCACGGGUGCGUCCCACCAGCCGCACUGCCUGGCGUGCAAGAAGAGCGUCGGAAAGGUGCUCACGUGCCAGCACUGCCAGACGCGGGUCCAUGCCGCUGCCGGCGGCGUCGUCGCCGAGCCAGGCGCAGAGACGUGGACGUGCGAUCUCUGCGGCAACGACAAGUCCGCCGAGGCAUCUCUGAACACCGGCUGUCUUCUCUGUCCUCCCCGCAGCAAGAGCAAGCACCUCUACCCGUCGUACCUCCGCGUGUGCAAGCCCACCGAAGGCCAGGGCUGGGCGCACGUCCUCUGCUCCGUGUUCAUCCCUGAAAUCACGUUCUCCGACGCCUCCCGCCUGCGCGUGGUCGAGGGCAUCAGCACGAUCCCCCACUCCCGCUGGUCCUCCUUUUGCGCCAUCUGUCUUCAGCCCGGUGGCGCCGUGAUCCGGUGCAGCGAGUGCCCGCACGAGUUCCACGUCUCGUGUGCCUGGGCCCAGGGGUACAAGUUCGGCUUCCAGCACCAGCCCAUCCGGAACCGGAAGGACCCGACGGUGACCGUCAAGUUCGGCCAGUGGGUCGGCGCGAUGGUCCCCGCCGUCCGCUGCAGGGACCACCACCACGAACCGUCCAAGCAGACGAUGUUCGGCAUCUGCGAGACCAACGAGCUCGGCGAGACGGCGCUGCAGGUGUACUGCAAAACAUACAAGCAGGCCCAGGUCGCGCAGUCGCACGCGCUCCUCCGCAAGGCGCGCCGCUUGGACGAGAUCCUCAAGGAAAAGGACGCGGCUCCGAACGGCACGAACGGCGUGACCGAAGCCGCCGCCGCCGCCGUUUCCUCCGCCGAGCCGCGCUGCUCGCGGUGCAAGACGAUGUACUCGCCCUUCUUCCACCGUGUCCCCGAGUACUACCACAACCACAUCAAGGGAGACCCGGAGGGCUCAUACCUAUGCCAUCGAUGUCACGGGAACGACAUGCCGGGUGUGGGCAGGCGGGCGGGCUCGUAAUCGUUCAUCAGCAUUGGCGGGCGCGCGCCUGUACUGUAUAUGAUUACAUGUUGUUCCUAAGGAUGUAACGAUAGAGAAUGAUAGUCACUGAACAUGCCACGGGUGUCAGGAGAGUACAUGUGGGAGGGCAAAACAGAAUAAAAGCAAAGGAUAAGCAACCAAGACGACAGAAGAGACCAAACAAAAAGUAAUCUAUGAUUUCACCCUCUUAUAAUACAAUACAUAAGCAGGUUUUCCAACGACUUCUUUGGCAUCAGCCGAGGUGAUGCGGCUGUCGUCGCAGUAGAGCCAACCUCCGCGAGACGCGAUGAAGGCAGUGUAAUGGCCACUGCUGAGACUCCCAACGUGGUUAGUGACGGCAUAGAGGUCGUAUCGGUAUGGAGGAACUUGGAGCCGCGGAUCGUCCACACUCAUCGACUGGGACUGACUGCGAUCGACGCCCGGUGGGAGGGGUGGUGGCAUGUAGUUCGUCAGAUCCAAACCCUUGAGCGGGAAGUCGACGUUCUUCUCGAUCUUGUCGGUAAAGGGGCCCUUGAACGAGAACCGUUUGAGAUGGACAAGGAGGACCGGCGGGAGACGCGACAACGAGAGUCGCUUCGUGGCCUUGCGCAGAACCUUGCAGUGGGGACAGUUCCAGGCAUCAGAUUUCUCCAUGACCUCCUCUUUGAAAAAGGCAUCUAAACAAUGUUGAAGGGAUAUCUUUUGGAUCUUGUUGGUCGGCACGGGAAGAGAGAGGUACAUGAAGCUGUUAUAGGUGGUAGACGU